UCCCUGCGCUCUCCGAUCGCUGGUUUAAUGUGAGCGUCAACAUGUCUGCAAUAGGAGGUGGUACGAGAGGGUUUUAUUUCAACACUGUACUGUCGCUGGCUCGCUCUUUGGCUGCCCAACGCCCCGCGCCCGUGGAAACGGUCCAGAAGCUGCAAUGCAUGUGUCCAGUGGAGGUCCGUGGAGUGUUCACUUUAGACGUGCGCCGCAGAGAUGCCGUCAUUGGGUUGGCGGUGUUUCUGGUGGAAUCUGGUUUACAGCACAAAGACAUGCUUGUUUCCUACUUGCUGAGCCUGUUGAGAGGGCUGCCACGGGUCCAAUGGAUUGAAGAAAACUCUGGGAAAAAGGGAAAGGAAUUCCUCCCUGUAGCAGAAAACUUCAGCUUCUGUCUGGUGACCCUGCUGGCAGACGUGGCUCAGAGGGACCCAGACUCACGACAAGAGAUUUUAAAGACUGUAAUGGAGGUCAUCCAGGCUUUACAGGAGAUGUGCCAAAUACCUGAUAAUCACGACAAAGUUUUCCUAUGCAGGUAUAUUGUCCCCACCUUGCUUGGGAUGACUCGAGCCUUCGGCCGCUACAGCAACACCGACGAAGCACUGCUGUCCAAGCUGUUCCCCAGAAACUCACCUCAGACCCAGUGCGUCGCAGAGGAAACGGAGGGCGUGCGUCGCAGAUCUUUCAAUGACUUUCGUUCGAUUCUGCCGUCCUCGCUGCUCACAGUGUGCCAAAGUGACACCCUGCGCCGACGCACCGGGACCAACCUGGACUCCUCUGCACCGGUCUUUACCGAUCCGGGGGUUCAUUCACCGUGCUCUCCUACAGCUCCGGGACCACAUUACUUUGAAGGUGCUUAUCUUCCAGACAGCAGCUCCGUGGACCCCGACUAUUAUUUCUCCACUGUCAGUUCCAGUUUCUCAGUGUCUCCUCUCUUCAUGGAAGCGGGAGAGAACGAGGUGGAGGUGCCCAUUGAUCUGCUCCGACAGCUCCUCAGCAUGGUUAAAAACUUUGUUUCUGAAUCCUUUUUGAAAACACUUGACACAACUCUGACAGAAGUCAUAGAGUCUAAUCCUGGACUCAACCUUUAUUACAAAGCCUUCAGUGACCCUCUCUACGUCUGUGUGUUCAAAAUGCUGCGGGACACACUUUAUUACAUGAAAGCCCUGCAGCCGACCUUUGUGCGUGAAGUGCACGACUUCGUGCUGGAGCAGUUCAGCAGCAGCCAGUCAGAGCUGCAGCGGGUUCUUCAUGACACGGGGGGGUUGCCGGGAGAACAGAGCCCCCUCAAACUGCGUUGCCAAGCCAACGCCGCCUGCGUGGACCUCAUGGUGUGGGCCGUCAAAGAUGAGCAAGGAGCUGAAAAUUUAUGCACCAAACUGUCGGAGAAGCUACAGUCGAAAACCUCCAGUAAAGUCAUCAUCGCUCACAUGCCCCUGCUCAUCUGCUGCCUGCAGGGCCUGGGCCGUCUCUGCGAGAGGUUUCCAGUAGUUGCUCACUCUGCCACGACUUCUCUCAGGGAUUUCUUGGUGGUUCCUUCACCUGUCCUCAUAAAACUCUACAAGUAUCACAGCCAGUACAGCUCGGGCACUGGAGAAAUUAGGAUCAAUGUGACCAAUGAGCAUUCUCAGUCCACAUUCAACAUGCUGGCAAACAGAAAGGACCAGCCCUCCAUGUACGAGCAGCUCAGAGACAUCUCCAUCGACAACAUCUGCAGAUGUCUCAAAGCCGGUUUAACAAUGGAUCAGGUGAUAGUCGAAGCCUUUCUGGCCAGUCUCUCCAACCGCUUAUACAUUUCACAAGAGAAUGAGAAAGAUGCUCAUCUCAUCCCCGACCACACCAUUCGAGCUCUGGGCCACAUCGCCGUGGCUCUGAGAGACACUCCUAAAGUCAUGGAGCACAUCUUACAAAUCCUUCAGCAGAAGUUCUGCCAGCCUCCAUCACAGCUGGACGUUCUUAUUGUCGACCAGCUCGGCUGCAUGGUCAUCACAGGAAACCAAUACAUCUACCAGGAGGUGUGGAAUCUGUUCCAGCAGAUCAGUGUGAAGGCCAGCUCCGUGGUCUACUCGGCCACUAAAGACCACCGAGACCACGGCUACAGACACUGCUCCCUGGCCGUCAUCAACGCUCUGGCCAACAUCGCCGCCAACCUGCAGGGGGAGCAGCUGGUGGAUGAACUCAUGGUGAACCUCUUAGAGCUGUUUGUCCAACUGGGCCUGGAGGGGAAGAGAGCCAGCGAGAGGGCCUCGGACAAGGGGCCGGCGCUGAAGGCAUCGAGCAGUGCCGGAAAUCUUGGAGUCCUUAUCCCAGUGAUUGCUGUGCUGACCAGACGGCUUCCGCCGAUCAAAGAGGCGAAGCCCCGCCUCCAGAAGCUGUUCAGAGACUUCUGGCUGUACUCUGUGGUCAUGGGCUUCGCUGUGGAAGGUUCAGGGCUUUGGCCAGAGGAGUGGUAUGAGGGUGUGUGUGAGAUUGCUACCAAGUCUCCCCUUCUCACCUUCCCAAGCGGAGAACCGCUUCGCUCUGAGCUACAAUACAACUCCGCUCUGAAAAACGACACAGUGACGCCGGCCGAGUUGAGUGAGCUGCGGGCGACCAUCAGCAACCUCCUCGACCCUCCUCCUGAAGGAUCUGCCCUCAUCAACAAGCUGGACUUUGCCAUGUCGACAUACCUGCUCUCCGUGUACCGGUUGGAAUACAUGAGGAUGCUGCGAUCGAAUGACGCCGACAGGUUUCAGGUCAUGUUUCGGUACUUUGAAGACAAAGCCAUUCAGAAAGACAAAUCCGGCAUGAUGCAGUGCAUUAUCUGCGUUGGCGAUAAAGUGUUUGACGUCUUCCUCCAGAUGAUGGCUGAGAAGCCGAAGACCAAAGAGCAUGAGGAGGAAUUGGAGCGGCACGCCCAGUUCCUAUUGGUCAACUUUAACCACACACACAAGAGGAUCCGCAGGGUGGCGGACAAAUACCUCUCUGGUUUGGCUGAGACAUUCCCCCAUUUGCUCUGGAGCGGCCGUGUGUUGAAGACCAUGUUGGACAUUCUGCAGACGCUCUCUCUGUCUCUGAGUGCUGACAUCCACAAGGAUCAGCCGUACUACGAUAUACCCGACACCCCGUACAGGAUCACUGUACCCGACACGUACGAGGCCAGAGAGAGCAUAGUGAAAGACUUUGCUGCUCGUUGUGGUGAGAUCCUGAAAGAGGCGAUGAAGUGGGCUCCUUCUGUCACAAAGUCUCACCUGCAGGAAUACCUGAACAAACAUCACAACUGGGUGUCGGGGCUGUCGCAGCACACUGGCCUGGCCAUGGCCACAGAGAGCAUCCUGCACUUCGCGGGCUACAACCGACAGAGCACCACGCUGGGCGCCGCUUUCCCCCAGACGACCCAGCUGACGGAGAGGCCGGCGUGUGUGAAGAAGGAUUACUCCAACUUCAUGGCGUCACUGAAUCUGAGAAACCGCUACACAGGAGAGGUGGCCGGCAUGAUCCAGUUCUCGGAGGCCACGCACAGCCAGUCGGAUCUGAACAAGCUGAUGAUCCAUCAGAUGACCAGCGCUCUGGACAAAAAGCACCCAGAGGCCUUCACCCAGGCCAUGUUCAAGAUGGCUGCCCUGCUUAUCACCACCAAAAACUGUGAUCCGCAGCUGCUUCACCAUCUGUGCUGGUCUCCUCUGAAGAUGUUCACAGAGCACGGCAUGGAAACGGCCAUCGCCUGCUGGGAGUGGCUCCUGGCUGCUCACAACGGAGUCGAAGUGCCAUUCAUGCGUGAGAUGGCAGGAGCCUGGCAGAUGACGGUGGAGCGUAAGAUGGGCUUGUUUUCAGAGACUCAAGUUGAGACCGGGCCUCUGGCUGUUUCAGAGGAGAGUCAGCCUGCUCCCUGCGCUCCCGAUGUCAUCCCUCACUUCCUCUGGAUAGAGUUUCUUGUCCAGCGGUUUGAGAUUGCCAAGUACAGCAGUGCCGACCAGGUGGAGAUCUUCACCACUAUUUUGCAACGGUCUCUUUCUCUGAGUGUCGGAGGAGCCAAAAGCAGCCUGAACCGGCACGUCGCUGCCAUCGGGCCCAGAUUCAGGCUCCUUACUCUGGGUUUGACUCUCCUUCAUGCUGAUGUUGUGACGAACGCGACCAUCAGAAACGUGCUGAGAGAGAAGAUCUAUUCCACGGCUUUUGACUACUUCAGCAUCACGCCCAAGUUUCCCACCCAAACAGAUAAGAGGCUGAGAGAAGACAUCAGCAUCAUGAUCAAGUUCUACGCCAGCCUGCUGUCCGACAAGAAGUACCUGACCGCCAGUCAACUGGUUCCUCUAGAUCCCCAGGACAUGUCGGUGAACAGCCUGUCCGUGGUGACGGUGACGGACAGCCGCAGCAGUCUGGAUGCAGCAGUGGGCCAGAGGCAGCAGGUGGCUCAGGGAUGGAUCAACACCUACCCUCUGUCCUCAGGGAUGUCCACCAUAUCCAAGAAGUCAGGGCUUUCUAAGCAAAGCAACAGAGGCUCUCAACUGCACAAAUACUACAUGAAACGCAGGACUCUUCUGCUGGCUUUGCUGGCCAGUGAGAUUGAGAGGCUGACGACGUGGUACAACCCGCUAUCCACUCAGGAACUCGCCAUAUCGACCGAGCAGUCGGUGGAGACCAGCAUCGCCAACUGGAGGUCCAAAUACAUCAGUCUGACUGAAAAACAGUGGAAGGACAACGUCAACCUGGCCUGGAGCAUCGCGCCUUACCUCGCCCUGCAGCUGCCCGCCAGGUUUAAAAACACAGAGGCGAUCGUGACGGAGGUGACUCGUCUUGUGCGAAUGGAUCCCGCUGCAGUGUGUGACGUUCCUGAGGCAGUCAAGUUUCUGGUGACGUGGCACACCAUCGACGCCGACUCUCCGGAGCUCAGCCACAUCCUGUGCUGGGCACCGGCAGAUCCGCCAACAGGACUGUCAUACUUCUCCUCCAUGUACCCUCCUCACCCCCUCACAGCUCAGUACGGGGUCAAAGUGCUCCGCUCCUUCCCUCCUGACGCCAUCUUGUUCUACAUCCCUCAAAUCGUCCAGGCACUUCGCUACGACAAGAUGGGCUAUGUGAGAGAGUACAUCUUGUGGGCCGCUCAGAAAUCCCAGCUGCUGGCUCACCAGUUCAUCUGGAACAUGAAGACCAACAUUUACCUGGACGAGGAGGGAAGCCAGAAAGAUCCGGACAUCGGUGAGCUGCUGGAGCAGAUGGUGGAGGAGAUCACGGGGUCGCUGUCGGGUCCCGCCAAAGACUUUUACCAGAGAGAGUUUGACUUCUUCAACAAGAUCACCAACGUGUCGGCGAUCAUUAAACCUUUCCCCAAAGGGGAGGAGAGGAAGAGGGCCUGCCUGGAAGCCAUGUCCCAGAUUAAAGUCCAGCCGGGCUGCUACCUGCCCAGCAACCCCGAGGCCAUAGUGCUGGACAUAGACUACAAGUCCGGGACGCCCAUGCAAAGUGCUGCCAAAGCUCCCUACCUGGCCAAGUUCAAAGUGAGACGGUGUGGCGUCAGCGAGCUGGAAAAAGAAGGUCUGCUGUGUCGCUCCAACUCUCUGGAUGAGGACAAAAGCGAAGAGGAGGCCAAGAGGAUCUGCUGGCAGGCGGCCAUCUUUAAAGUCGGAGAUGACUGCAGACAGGACAUGCUGGCUCUUCAGAUCAUCAGCCUGUUCAAGAACAUCUUCCAGCUGGUGGGCCUGGAUCUCUACGUCUUUCCAUACAGGGUUGUCGCCACGGCUCCUGGAUGCGGCGUGAUCGAAUGCAUCCCUGACUGCAAGUCCCGGGACCAGCUGGGCCGGCAGACGGACUUCGGCAUGUACGACUAUUUCAGGAAUCAGUACGGUGACGAAUCCACUCUGGCCUUCCAGAAGGCGCGAUACAACUUCAUCCGCAGUAUGGCAGCUUACAGCCUGCUGCUGUUUCUGCUGCAAAUAAAGGACCGACACAACGGCAACAUCAUGCUGGACAGCCAGGGCCACCUCAUCCACAUCGACUUUGGCUUCAUGUUUGAAAGCUCCCCCGGUGGCAACCUGGGCUGGGAGCCGGACAUCAAGCUGACCGACGAGAUGGUGAUGAUCAUGGGCGGCAAAAUGGAGGCGACGCCCUUCAAGUGGUUCAUGGAGAUGUGUGUGAGGGGAUACCUGGCUGUCAGGCCCUAUAUGGACGGAGUGGUCUCCCUAGUCAACCUCAUGCUGGACACUGGACUUCCCUGCUUCAGAGGGCAGACCAUCAAACUGCUCAAGCAGCGAUUCAACCCGGGCCUGAGCGAGAAAGACGCAGCUUCCUUCAUCAUCAAAGUCAUCCAGAACUGCUUCCUCAGCAACAGGAGCAGAACCUACGACAUGAUCCAGUAUUAUCAGAACCAGAUUCCAUAUUAAACAUUGCUGCCUGAGCAUGAGCUUCUGUUGACUGUAUGUGUGUGUGUGUGUGUGUUUGCGUGCGUGCGUGCGUGCGUGUGUGUGUGUGUGUUAAUAUUCUCCAUUGAAGAUUGUGGCUCAUUGUUCCUGCAGAUUGUUGGAUGUUUUUAGCUCGAGCUGCUUUGUUUCCUCUUGAAAUCUAUUUUCUUGAAAAUUUUUUUAUUUAUUUUCUUUUAUUAAAAUCAAUUUUAUGAUCUUGCACUAGAAUCUGGACUUCUGUGUACUUUGAGAAAAAAAAAAAAAACUCUGGGUAAUCUGCACGUUCUGUAAAUACUUUUAUCAGAGUUUGUUGCCAAUUUUAAAUGAUUUUACUG